CUCUGGGAGCCCUCCAUCCAGUCUCUCCAUGUCUGUAGCCAGCCAGGAUUUCUUUCAUCAUGAGUUCUGAAUUAAAUGUUCCGGUGGAUCCUUCCACUCCUGCUUGCUGCUCUGAACCUGGCACAAAAGGCAUGGAUUAUCGAGACUGGGUCCGGCGCAGCUAUCUGGAACUGGUCACAUCAAACCACCACUCCGUUCAAGCCCUUUCGUGGAGAAAAUUGUACCUGAGCCGAGCCAAACUGAAAGCUUCCAGCAGAACCUCUGCUCUGCUCUCUGGAUUUGCAAUGGUUGCCAUGGUGGAGGUGCAGCUGGAGGUGCAGUACAAGUAUCCCCCGAUGCUGCUGAUUGCUUUCAGUGCCUGCACAACAGUCCUGGUGGCAGUUCAUCUCUUUGCCCUUCUCAUCAGCACCUGCAUUCUGCCAAACGUGGAAGCAGUGAGCAACAUCCACAACCUGAACUCCAUCAGUGAGUCCCCACAUGAGCGCAUGCACCCCUACAUCGAGCUGGCGUGGGGCUUCUCCACUGUCUUGGGGAUCCUCCUUUUCCUUGCGGAAGUUGUGCUUCUGUGCUGGAUAAAAUUUCUGCCUGUGGGCUCCAUCCUGAAAAAUGAGACCACCAACAUCGAGAAGCCCAGCAGCCACGCGGGUUGGCAGUCAGCACUGGUCUCCACCAUCAUCAUGGUCCCAGUGGGUCUGAUUUUUGUCGUCUUCACCAUUCACUUCUACCGCUCUUUGGUGCGGCACAAAACAGAGCGGCACAACCGAGAGAUCGAAGAGCUUCACAAACUGAAAGUGCAGUUAGACGGGCAUGACAGAGGCAUGCAGGUAGUGUGA